UUUCAUUACAAGUUUCAUCUUCCUCAAACUCGUCUAAAACGUGGCAUCAUCUUCAGAAGUGUUGAAAGACGAUGUUGACAUUGUUGCAAAAACAAAGUGUAAUAAAGUACUUCACAGUUUAAAGAGGAUGACAGCGGCGUGACGUGACAGCCAAUCAGAGGAAGGCGUUGGCGCAGGAAAGAAAAUGCACGUCGGCGUGUUGCCGAGCGGUUGUAAUAACUCUUUCAUUACAAGUUUCAUCUUCCUCCAACACGAUGCCUGAGCCAGCUAAGUUCGCGCCCAAGAAGGGCUCCAAGAAAGCCGUCACCAAAGCUGCCGGAAGGGGCAAAGGGACACGGAGAAAGACAAGGAAGGAGAGCUACGCCAUCUACGUGUACAAGGUACUGAAGCAGGUCCACCCCGACACCGGCAUCUCGUCCAAGGCCAUGAGCAUCAUGAACUCCUUCGUCAACGACAUCUUCGAGCGCAUCGCCUCCGAGGCGUCUCGUCUGGCUCUCUACAACAAGAGAUCCACCAUCUCUUCCAGGGAGAUCCAGACCGCCGUCCGCCUCCUGCUGCCGGGUGAGCUGGCCAAGCACGCCGUGUCUGAGGGCACCAAGGCCGUCACCAAGUACACCAGCUCCAAGUAAAAUGCUCCGGUAGAAGCAUUCCAUCUCUGCUCAAACGGCUGUUUUAAGAGCAACAAUACAACUGAUAUUCUUUCUGAUCCAAUGAGUACAAUUCAGGCAUAUAUACCUACUGUUUGGUCAAAUGUAAAGUGGUGUGUUUCAAUGUUUACUGUUCUUGGGGACUCAUCAACCUGUUAUAAAAUCAAAUAUGUUAUCUCUAUUAUAUUUAACUCUAUGUGCUGUUUCCAAUUAAAAGGAUACAUAUA